AUGUAUAUCAGCGUGAGUCCCAGCCGCCUCUCAGUAGUAGGUGAAAGUGCGUUGCGUGAGGACUUCUCGCGCUCGUCUGUCACUUUAGGUCGCUGCGUUGGUGCUGGUGUCGAGACUCUCUUGAAGGCUCUCCCUCCGUCGGGGAACUUCUUCAUCUCGCCCUUCAGCGUCUGGAGCGCCCUCGUCCUCGCCUACUUCGGCUCCCGAGGCAACACGAAGGCGGAGGACACGCUCGCCCUGUUCAGGGCCCUCGAACGGCGCUAUGACUCCCAAGAAGCAAACCAGAACUACACCAUCAACUCGGCUAACAGGAUAUACUUCGACCAGUCCAUUCCCGUCCGAGAAUGCGUGGGAAAAGUCCUCGACGACCAAGUGAAGUUAAUAGACUUUAAUAGGUUUAAACCUCGGGCGCAGUGUGAAAGCCUUCCGUACAAGAGGGCAGAUCUGUUCAGCAGACUUACUUUGAUCUUGAGUAACAGAGAAAAGCCUUCUGUGCCCGACGCCGCCGCUGCUGACAUCAAUGCCUUCAUCAACGCCGAAACGCGAGGAAAAAUACCAAAGCUUAUAGAACCCUCCUUUGUUGAAGACGCUAAAAUGGUCUUAACUAACGCCGUCUACUUCAAAGGCUUUUGGAAAUACCCGUUCAAGCCUCAAAGGACCACAAGGACAAUGGACUCGGAGAAGCUUCACGCCCAGGUGCUGGAGAUGCCCUACAGGGGCGACGCCGUGUCCAUGGUGGUGCUCCUCCCGCGAAGUGGGAGAGCCAAGGAGGUGGACAGGCUGGUCCGACGCCUGAGGCCCAGGAGACUCGUGUCUGUGUUGAAGGCGAUGCCCUCCGUCCCGCUGAUAGUCAAGUUUCCCAAGAUCAGCGUGGAGAGUACUCUCGGGGAUGAACUCAUUUCGACUUUAAAGAAUAUGGGAAUCCGUGACCUUUUCUCAUCCGCCGCCGAUCUGACCGACUUCACACAUGUUCGAGGAUUAAUGGUGAAUGGAGCGAUCCACAAGGCCCUUAUAGAGGUGGACGAAGAAGGCGCAGAGGCGGCAGCGGCGACGGUGCUCGCUGUGACUAAGUCUAGUCCAAUGCCUCCAAAGACGACGUUCACGUGCAACCGGCCCUUCGUUUUCUACAUUAAAGAUAACGAGGCGAACAACAUCCUGUUCAUGGGUGUUUAUAGGGGUCUUUGAGGGUCCUCUGCUGGACCUUGUUAUCAUUAUGG